AUGGCGGACCAGCGCCACCACCACCAGCUCCAGCCCGCGUCGCUCGCCUGCACCAACUGCGUCACCCAGCGCGCCGUCGUCUACUGCUCCGCCGACGGCGCCCGGCUCUGCCUCGAGUGCGACGGCGCCGUGCACGGCGCCAGCCCACUCUUGGCCCAACACCCGCGCGCCCCGCUCUGCGACGCCUGCGCCGUCGCCCGCGCCGCGAUCCGCUGCAAGACCGCCGGCAACCCGGCCCCGGCCACGCUCUGCGACGCCUGCGCCGACCGCCUCGCCACGCAGGACGGCGCCUCCCUCGUCCAGGAAUACACCGGGUGCCCCACGCCCGCCGAGAUCCUCCGCCUCCUCUCCGUCGACGCGCCGCCGUUGCACGAGGACUUCGACGCCUGGCUCGCCGACAAGCUGCCCCAGAUCAUGCAGGACGUUCAGCUUGGUUUAAUUUCUUGGCAGCGACAGCAGCUGCUGCCACCGUCGAUCUGCCAGAUCCUGUCAUCAUCAUACUCAUGUUAUAAUCCAUCCUCCUCCUCGUGCCAGCCGGUCAUGACAUCGACUACUCUUCUCCAAUCCAUGGGAAGCAACGAUCACCAUCCUUCGCUGCUCCUCGAUGGCUUCCCUACUUUCUGCCCUUCCAUGCCCCUAAUGUCGCCACCGCCACCUCCACCGGAGAAUGGCACCGGCUGUCACGAUGCCAACCAACCAUCACAGAUGCUGCCCACGGAUGAGCAAGCAACAGCGGCUCAUCAUCAGCAAGAUCCAAGCACCAUUGCUAAGAAGCGAGAGGAAAGGGACAGGGCCAAGCAAAGGUACAACGAGAAGAAGAAGAACAGAAAGUAA